AAUAUGUACAAGGAAGAUUUCGGGAACAUGACUGAAGAGAAUAGGAACAGCAGUGACUCCUCCUCUGCCUUCACUCACACCAACACCAUGAGUGCCAUACUGAUUACUUCCUACUCGGUUGCCUUUGCUGGAGGUGGGAUUGGGUCCAUCACAAUGUUGUCUGUGCUGGUCAAGAUGAACACUCUGUCCGUGACCACUACAGCCAUCGUUAACCUGGUCGUUGUGCACAGCCUCCUCCUCUUCACUGUGCCCUUCCGCCUGCACUACUAUGUCAACAAGAAGUGGGUAUUCAAGAUGCCGUUUUGCAAAAUGGUGAGUGCAAUGGUGCACAUCCACAUGUACCUGACCUUCCUAUUCUACGUGAUCACGCUGGUGAUCCGGUGGCUCAUCUUCUUUCAAUGGAAGGACAAGGUGGAGUUUUACAGGAAGCUGCACGCCAUUGCAGCAAGCGCUGCUGUGUGGGUCCUUGUCAUGGUCUUUGUGGUGCCAGCCUUGUGCUUGGAGUAUGGACGCUCAGGCUCAUACAAUGAUACAGUAUGCUUUAAGUUCCACAAAGAACUACAGCAGGAGAGUGUGAAAGCCCUGAACUACACCAUAAUUGUAGCUGUCACCUGCAUUACUUGUGUCCUCUUGGGCCUGCAGAUUUUCAUCCUGGUAAAAGUGGCAAGAAAACUUUCCACCUCCCUCUGGUCACACCAAGAGUUCUGGGCCCAGGUGAAAAACUUGAUUUUCAUCUGCGUCAUCAUAAUUUGCUUCCUUCCCUAUCAUCUCUUUAGGGCCUACUACAUACAGCAUGUGAGUGAUUUUGAGCAGUUAGAAAGCUACAAUGAAGUUUUUUUGAGUAUGACUGCCCUCAGCUGUCUGGACCUGCUGUCGUUCGUGCUGAGUGGAAGCCGCCUCUUCAAGCAAAAAGUGGGUAUGCUCCGCAGCAGGUUGCCUUGCUGCUAG